AUCUUUGGUUAAAAUGUAAAUUGAAUUGUCAGCGCGCUCCUGUCUGUUUGUUUGUAUAAGGCUAUCAAAAGAAGUCAAGAGAGGAGGCUGUGGCCCGGAUCCUGACCCUGAUUGUAUGAAUAAGUAAGCAGGAUGCAACUGAUUGGGUUAGAUGCUGCGAAUAUUUUUUUUUUUUUUUUCAAGUUAGGAAGAGGGUAAAAAGACAGACUGGCGGGGGGAAGGCAAACAGUGCAUCCCCAAAUCCUCACACUUUUGCUCUUUUGCAGUCAGUUGCUUUGCUGGCUUCUGCACGCAUUUAAGGUCUCGCGGCAUAGACAUGCCUGCCCCCCACCCCCUUUCUCGGUCUCCCCUUUCAGUUCAGAUGUGCUGAUGUGCAGACCGGAUUCAUCUUCCCGGAGCGGCAGCGGCGGCUCUGGGCUCAGGCGGCGGCGGCGGCUCGCGCUCGGCCGCGGAGUCCUGGCAGCAGCGGGGACGCGGCGCGGGAGCCCGAGCUCUGGUGGCAGCUGAGCCCGCGGGGCGCCGCUCGCCGAAUCGCUGCCGCGGGAAGUUCGGCGGCCAGAAGGACGAUCUGGCAGGCUGCGAGCGGCAGCGCCGCAAGAGCCGAGUUUGCCUGCAGCCGCCCUCCCCGCCUGCGAGUGCCGAGCUCCUUACCUGCCCUCCGCCCACCCGCCGGCCCCUGGCCAACUUCUCCCUGCGACUGGGGGUAACAGGCAGUGCUUCCCCCUCUCUACUGUCCCAGAGGCAUCCACGUGUCUCUGGACACCUGAGCACCCCGGUCCCUCCGAGGGGCCUCCAGGUGGGGAGAAGAGCGCCGGUGUCCCAAGCCCCGCACCUCAGCGCGGACCGCGGCUGCUUAUCCUCCGGGUCCCGUCCCCUCCUUUUCCUCCUGGGGAGGAGGAUGGGGUGGGAAACGCUUUACCCGAGGAUGCUCGUGUGGCUGGUGGCCUCGGGGAUUGUUUUCUACCGGGAGUUAUGGGUCUGCGCUGGCCUCGAUUAUGAUUACACUUUUGAUGGGAACGAAGAGGAUAGAACAGAGACUAUAGAUUACAAGGACCCGUGUAAAGCCGACUGACCACUGCUCUAAGCAGUGUUGGGGCAAUGCCUGGGCUGCCCGAGCCCUUGAAGUUCAAGAAGAAGCACCUGGACUUCUCAUGAGGGGAGGUCAGAGUCAAUCUAUAUUUUGGGGUGAUAUUGCCUUAGAUGAUGAAGACUUAAAUAUCUUUCAAAUAGAUAGCACAAUUGACCUUACUCAGAACCCCUUUGGAAACCUUGGACAUACCACAGGUGGACUUGGAGACCAUGCUAUGUCAAAGAAGCGAGGGGCCCUCUAUCAACUUAUAGAGAAGAUAAGAAGAAUUGGCUUUGGCUUGGAGCAAAAUAACACAGUUAAGGGAAAAGUACCCCUACAGUUCUCAGGACAAAAUGAGAAAAAUCGAGUUCCCAGAGCCGCUACAUCAAGAUCGGAAAGAAUAUGGCCUGGAGGCGUUAUUCCUUAUGUUAUAGGAGGCAACUUCACUGGCAGCCAGCAAGCCAUGUUCAAGCAGGCCAUGAGGCACUGGGAAAAGCACACAUGCAUGACUUUCAUAGAAAGAAGUGAUGAAGAGAGUUACAUUGUGUUCACCCAUAGGCCUUGUGGAUGCUGCUCUUAUGUAGGUCGGCGGGGAAAUGGACCUCAGGCAAUCUCCAUCGGCAAGAACUGUGAUAAAUUUGGGAUUGUUGUUCAUGAAUUGGGCCAUGUCAUAGGCUUUUGGCAUGAACACACACGACCAGAUCGAGAUAACCAUGUAACUAUCAUAAGAGAAAACAUCCAACCAGGUCAAGAGUACAAUUUUCUGAAGAUGGAGCCGGGAGAAGUAAACUCACUUGGAGAAAGAUAUGAUUUUGACAGUAUCAUGCACUAUGCCAGGAACACCUUCUCAAGGGGGAUGUUUCUAGAUACCAUUCUCCCCUCCCGUGAUGAUAAUGGCAUUCGACCUGCAAUUGGUCAGCGAACUCGUCUAAGCAAAGGAGAUAUCGCACAGGCAAGAAAGCUGUAUAGAUGUCCAGCAUGUGGAGAAACCCUACAAGAAUCCAAUGGCAAUCUUUCUUCUCCAGGAUUUCCCAAUGGCUAUCCUUCUUAUACACACUGCAUCUGGAGAGUUUCUGUGACCCCAGGGGAGAAGAUUGUUUUAAAUUUUACAACGAUGGAUCUAUACAAGAGUAGUUUGUGCUGGUAUGACUACAUAGAAGUAAGAGAUGGGUACUGGAGGAAAUCACCUCUCCUUGGUAGAUUCUGUGGGGACAAAGUACCUGAAGUUCUCACUUCUACAGACAGCAGAAUGUGGAUUGAGUUUCGUAGCAGCAGUAAUUGGGUAGGAAAAGGCUUUGCAGCUGUCUAUGAAGCAAUCUGUGGAGGUGAGAUACGUAAAAAUGAAGGACAGAUUCAGUCUCCUAAUUAUCCUGAUGACUAUCGCCCAAUGAAAGAAUGUGUGUGGAAAAUAACAGUGUCUGAGGGCUACCACGUCGGACUGACCUUUCAGUCCUUUGAGAUUGAAAAACAUGACAAUUGUGUUUAUGACCAUCUGGAAGUUAGAGAUGGAACCAGUGAAAAUAGCCCAUUGAUAGGGCGUUUCUGUGGUCAUGAGAAACCUGAAGAUAUAAGAUCUACCUCCAACACUUUGUGGAUGAAGUUUUUUUCGGAUGGAACUGUGAACAAAGCAGGGUUUGCUGCUAACUUUUUUAAAGAGGAAGAUGAGUGUGCCAAACCUGACCGUGGAGGCUGUGAGCAGCGAUGUCUGAAUACCCUGGGCAGUUACCAGUGCACCUGUGAGCCCGGCUAUGAGCUGGGCCCUGACAGGAGGAGCUGUGAAGCUGCUUGUGGGGGACUUCUUACCAAACUUAACGGCACCAUAACCACCCCAGGCUGGCCGAAGGAGUACCCUCCUAAUAAAAACUGUGUGUGGCAAGUGAUUGCACCAACCCAAUACAGAAUUUCUGUGAAGUUUGAGUUUUUUGAAUUGGAAGGCAAUGAGGUUUGCAAAUAUGAUUAUGUGGAGAUCUGGAGCGGUCUUACCUCUGAGUCUAAAUUGCAUGGCAAAUUCUGUGGUGCUGAAGUGCCUGAAGUGAUCACAUCCCAAUUCAACAGUAUGAGAAUUGAAUUCAAGUCUGACAAUACUGUAUCCAAGAAGGGCUUCAAAGCACAAUUUUUCUCAGACAAAGAUGAAUGCUCUAAGGAUAAUGGUGGAUGUCAGCACGAAUGUGUCAACACGAUGGGAAGUUACAUGUGUCAAUGCCGUAGUGGAUUUGUGCUGCAUGAAAAUAAACAUGAUUGCAAGGAAGCUGAGUGUGAACAGAAGAUCCACAGUCCAACUGGCCUCAUCACCAGUCCCAACUGGCCAGACAAGUACCCAAGCAGAAAAGAAUGCACGUGGGAAAUCAGCGCCACUCCUGGCCACCGAAUCAAAUUAGCCUUUAGUGAAUUUGAGAUUGAGCAGCAUCAAGAAUGUGCUUAUGACCACUUAGAAGUAUUUGAUGGAGAAACAGAAAAGUCACCAAUUCUUGGACGACUAUGUGGAAACAACAUACCGGAACCCCUUGUGGCUACUGGAAAUAAAAUGUUUGUUCGGUUUGUUUCUGAUGCAUCUGUUCAAAGAAAAGGCUUUCAAGCCACGCAUUCUACAGAGUGUGGUGGCCGAUUGAAAGCAGAAUCAAAACCCAGAGAUCUGUAUUCACAUGCUCAGUUUGGUGAUAACAACUACCCAGGACAGGUUGACUGUGAAUGGCUGUUAGUAUCAGAACGGGGCUCUCGACUUGAAUUAUCCUUCCAGACGUUUGAAGUGGAAGAAGAAGCAGACUGUGGCUAUGACUAUGUGGAGCUCUUUGAUGGUUUCGAUUCAACAGCUGUGGGACUUGGUCGAUUCUGUGGAUCUGGGCCACCAGAAGAGAUUUAUUCAAUUGGAGAUGCAGUUUUAAUUCAUUUUCACACUGAUGACACAAUCAACAAGAAGGGAUUUCAUAUAAGAUACAAAAACAUAAGAUAUCCAGAUACCACACAUACUAAAAAAUAACACCAAAACCUCUGUCAGGACAUAAAGGAAUGUGCAUAAUGGAAAGAAGACAUAUUUUUUUUAAAAACUGAAGAUAUUGGCAUAAAUGUUUUAUAUAAAGAGUUUGAACAAAAAAUCCCUGUAAGACCAAAAUUAUCUUUGUACUAAAAGAGAAGUUUGCAGUGAAUCCUCAUCAGAAUUGCAAGGAUAUUUGAACUCCAUGCUUGAUGGUAUUAAUAAAACUGAUGAAAGGGCAUCAUGUACAUCAAGGAAGACUCUACAAGCUUUUGUUCACGGCAUGAAAUAGAUGCCUCACAAUUCAGACAGUUCAGUUCAGGAGCUGUGACCCUGCAGAGUUCUUUUUGGCAAUUUGUUAAGAUUUGGGGAUAUAAAGUGAUUUUGCAGGUCAUAAACUGGAAAACACUAUUCUGGUUGUCUUAUGAUAAUUGCUUUGACUUUUAUCUUGGAUAUAGUGUAAACCAGAUCCAUAUAAGGUGUUGGGAAAUGGGAGCCUUUUGAGGGUGAUUUGUACUUUCCAUGUGUAUGUGUGUGUCUGGUGUUUAGAAACUGGUAUAUUUUUGCUUCAUUAUUUCCACUUGCAGGCCAGCUUAACCUCUUUGAAACACAAAUGAUCUUGAGAUCACUUCAGUGUAGUUACAUUUGAUGAGUUUGAAAUGUCAAUAGUGUCUAUUCUAGACACCAGUUCUUUAAGUCUCGGAAAAUGCCCAGUGAAUUGGUAAAUUCAGUUCAUUUUUUUUGGAAGUGCUGCCUUUUCACACCAAAUCCAGGAAGCCUACGAUGUCUUAUGAACCUUAUGAGAAAACUCUGAAGAGAUGUGAAGAUGAUUCUUCUGAAUGAUGUCUAGCUGGUUCGUUACUCAAGUUACUACUGCUGCUAUUGUCUUUCCUUUGUUGUCGAUCUGUCAUUGUUGUAGCUAUUAUUGUUGAUGUUGUCAUGGUUAAUCUAUUUUUUAAAAAUGAAAUGAAGCAGAAGUAGGCUUUGUGACAACUGUAAGAGUGCUUUCAUUUUUCUCUUCCUGGGAUAUAGUUUUUCAAAAUGCAAUGCUGGAAAAAAAAAAAGGUUUGUUUCUGAAAGACUUCUUAUGGUGCUAUUCCAUAAACAUUUUUUUAAAUCAAGUUUUUGGCUUUUGAGCCAACCCACCUGUAGACUACGAAUGUCUCCCUAUGGCUAAUGGCAUUUGAAGACUGAAGACUUCUUAAAUAUAUCAAGAGUAUAUCAUUGCAAGGGCAGCACUUGUCCUGUGGAACAACUACAUAUAAUGCCUUAGAAUUCUUGCACAUGAUCAUACAGAUCCUCCUACACAUGAACAUAAUAGUGUUCAUUGGAACAUUGAAAUGUUGAACAUAAUAGUGUAUGUUAAUUAACAGCUCUGUGGAGAAAAUCCAUUUCCAUGACUGAAGUAUUAGAUAUAAAUAUGAUGACCUGCUUUUCUUUCAUAGAAAACAUAAUUUUAGGAUGAAUUUUCUGCUUUAAAGGCAUGUGUUUUAAAAUUAAUGUAUGUAGAUGUGUGAUUGUCUGAGCAAGUGAAACUACAAGUGGUGAAAAACAAUAGGUGGUUGAAAAGUUAAAAUUUAUGUGCCAAGUUCUACAAGAAUUCCAUUUGAAAUAGCACCUUCUUUAGGUUUCAUGGACAAAUAAUGGGAACCUCUAAUUAUGAUCAAUACCAUUAAAGAAGGGCUCUUUCCUUUAGAGAAACCCCAUUUUGAUGUCAAUAUAGAUUACUGUAUGAAGCAGCUUUGUUUCUGUUAUCUGUCCAUGAGCAUACGACAUUUAAUACAAUUGGGUAUAUUCUUUCAGUGUUACAAAAUUAUACACACAAAUGUAGCUUAUCUGUUUUUUUUUUCUUAAAUUGUUGCCCUUAAAAAUUUUCUUGCAUAUGAAUUGUAAAAUGUAAAUACAUUUUUAAAAUCAAUGUUUUGAUCUUAUUGAAUGUUACUUUGAAACUGUAUAACUAUUGCCUGCAAUGUAAUUGAGCCUUUUAGUAGAGCCAAUUUAUUCCAGUAACUUCUUUCAUAUUUGCUCACUAAUCUCCAGUUAGCCAAAAUAUACCAGGAAUGGGAAAAAGAGGAGAAAAAAGCAUUAACAUUAACACCUAUACUGUUUUAUACUACUCCUACCCCUGUGCUAGGAAUGUGCACUAUCCCUUUUUAAACUCCAUGCUAUACUUUGAGGACUGUCAUAAUGUUCUCAUUUUGUAGUUCAGAAAGUGAGGCUCAAAUAAUUUAUGUAACGAAGUCACAGUGUAAAGUUAGAUGUUGAAAUCUAGUUUGUCUUAUAUAAAAGUUUCUGCUUAUUCUACAAAAUGAAGUAGAAUCAAUCUUGACCUAUAUAAAUAGUUGAUUUUUUUUAUGGUGAAACUUUCCCACAUAAAGUACAUUUUAGGGGUGAAUUACAGUAAAACUUUCAGGAUUAGCAUUUUGUUCUUUUCAAGAACAGCAUGAAAAUUAGAAUAUUGAUGCUAGCUAUCUUUAAGAAUCAGAAUUAGUACUAGAAAUUUUAAAAACAAACUAUAGUUUGGACUUAGUAUGAGCCUUUUGUGAAAAUAAAUAUAUUAAAUUAUUUUGCCUGGUGUGGUAGGGGAAAUAUCUUGCUCUAUAUUAAGAAAUAUUCUGGAUAUUCUGAUUGACAUCUUAUUAGGCCACAGCGAGCUGUGCUCAGCACAAUUGAGAAAGUAGGUAUUUAGAAAGCAUAUACAGAUGUUGUCAUAAGUAGGUCUUCAAUGUGAACAUUAAUUUUUAUUGUAUCUUAUGUCAGAUAACAGUUUACCACAUAUUAUUUUUAUAUUAAAUCAACAUUUGCCUUAAAUAUGGUGUUAAAUGAAAAUACAGACAGCUUCAUUGUUGUUUUGUUAAUAAUUGUUAGUUACUCUUCCAGGCAUUUUAUUAAAUUAAUUUUGUAAAUUAUUUUCCAACCCUACAUCAGUAUAUUGGUUGUGCUUUAUGUGUGCCAAAGUUCUAACUCCCAUAUUGUCUUCUCUGACUAUAUACAGAACAACAACAACAACAACAACCCUGUUCUCACUUGAUUUUAUUAAUUUUUUUUAAAAAAGUAAAUUUUGGAAAUAACUGUAGUUUAUUAAGGAGAUUGUGACUUAACAUAAAUGGACAAAAUACCUUU